AUGAACAAUCUCCGUGAAUCCUUGUUGAGUCCUUCACCAAAGGGCACCUCUGAUCGAAGGGCCUUGGACGGCAGGUUUGAAGAUAAACACGACGUGCAGGAAUCCGCUGCCCGAGGGGAACUUGAGGAACUCCGGGGCGCAGCCUUUUUCAAUCGAACUUGGGUCGUUACGGACCGAUACUGCAGUGUUGGAGAUGGUGUUGAUUCACUUGAAGGCUACCUUCAUUCCUUAUGGCAUAUAUACUGCCAGCUGGCCCGAUACACUUCUCAUGAGACAACCGACCAGGAUCGUUUAGUCCUCGACAUCCUCCGCAUCCAGGGCCAGGGGCCAUUGACUCGGCCAGUAUCAGGUGUGUACGGUAUCGACGUUGCACGAACGAUCGAGGGCACACUAUGGAACGACCUACCAUUCUUGGUGACUGACAUGACCGAGUUCUGGAUCAAGAAUUGCGCGACAAUGUCGGGAAAUCAUCGGUUGAACUUCGCGUCGUACUUAGCUAAAUUAGCGUCGACUCGAGUCAGUAAAGAUAAAGUGUGCCAGGUUGCCCUCAUUUUAUUCCGAAACACGUUUGAGGAGGGACGGGAGCUUCGCUGCAGUGAGGAGCCGGACAAUGAGAAUCCAAAACGAGGGAUCAGAGAUCUUGAUAUUGUCCACUUGCUGCCGGCUGCCUGUGCGUGGAUCAAAGAGGCAGGUCAUAACCUCAUUCUUCUUUCGGAAGUCUCGUGGAAUGAUUGUCAUAGUGCAAUUGGCAAGAGUGGUCAUUUGUUUAUUGAGUCGGAGUUCGGGAAACGGUCGCCUGAUGGGUUCACACCCUGGAGAUGGAUGUACUGGCUGAAGAGGCUACACGAGAUCCAGGAAGAGGCCAGGAAUGCUGAAGAGAAGCAAAUUGUGCAAUAUACCACCGACGCUAUUGGGUUCAUGGUUAAAGUUGUCGAAGAACGAAAUUCUGAAAUUCUGAGGGCUUACCAAGUCGGUGGAGAUGUCUUGCAUCAGGAUAAACAUUUGUUAUGCUUGAGCAAUCUUGUGAAUGGGGAAGCUUCAGGCCCAGAAGAGAGUGAACCGGUGAAUUAA